AUGGCGGGCAACCCGUUCCAGUUCAACAAGGCGGACCCGAUGGGGGUGCCAUACGCGGUCAUCUUCUACCUCCUGCUCGCGGUCACGGUCGCGCUGGCGUGGGCGUCGCAGCCGAAGGCCGAGAAGGCCCUGAGCGCCGAGGCCAGCCGGUUGAAGUGGCUCUACCUCGCCGUGUGGUACGUGUGCGUCGCGGGCGACUGGCUGCAGGGGCCUUACGUCUACGCCCUGUACGACGCCUACGGCUUCAGCCGUCACGAGAUCUCGCAGCUGUUCGUGGCCGGCUUCGGCGCCUCGAUGAUGUUCGGGACCUUCGUGGGCUCGGUUGCGGACAGGAUGGGGAGGAAGAGGGGCUGCCAGUUGUACUGCGCCCUUUACAUCGUGUCUUGCAUGACCAAGCACGUCGCCAACUACUGGCUCCUCAUGGUCGGGCGUAUCACUGGCGGCAUCGCCACUUCUCUGCUCUUCUCAGGGUUCGAGAGUUGGCUCGUGGCGGAGGCGUGCGAGAAGCGCAGCCUCGACAAGGACGCCCUCGGACACAUUUUUGCCCUCAUGUGGUUCGGUAACUCCCUGGUGGCCAUCCUCGCAGGGGUGCUCGGGGACGUCGCGGUGGGUCUCGGCGGCCUGCAGCAGCUCGGCGAGACCGCCCUCCACGUUGGGGGCUUCUGCUCGCCCUUUGACCUUGCCAUCGUCGUGCUGGUGGUGGGCCUGCUGCUCAUCUCGAAGAGAAGCGAGCACGGCAUACACAUAAUCGUUUGGCGCUCCGCGCAGAGCUCUUAG